UGGGAAGCGUCUUGACUCAGUACAGCGGCGAAUUUACGCUAGCCAGAAAAAAAAUCAAAACAUACAACUUCGGGAGACAAGUGAGUGGCUGGAUGCCACUUUGUAUAUACACAACUAGGCAGAACAUUUUGUAGCAGACAGAGACUUUCAUCAUGCCGAAUAUGGAGAAACAACUGUUCAACCUCAAGUUUGCUGCCAAAGAGCUACAGCGCAACUCCAAGAAAUGUGACAAAGAGGAAAAGGCCGAAAAAGCAAAAGUGAAGCAGGCUGUCCAGAAGGGUAACAUGGAGGCAGCAAGGAUCCAUGCAGAGAAUGCCAUCCGUCAGAAGCAUCAGUCCCUUAACUUUUUGAGGAUGAGUGCACGUGUGGACGCUGUUGCUUCAAGGGUCCAGACUGCUGUGACCAUGAAUCAGGUAUCUAAAUCGAUGUCUGGAGUGGUCAAGUCCAUGGAUUCUACACUGAAAAGCAUGAACUUGGAGAAGAUCUCUGCGUUAAUGGACAAGUUUGAAAACCAAUUUGAAACUCUUGAUGUGCAGACAGCUCAGAUGGAAGACACCAUGAGUAGCACCACCACUCUCACAACACCUCAGAAUGACGUGGAUAUACUCAUGCGUGAAAUGGCCGAUGAAGCAGGGUUGGAUCUUAACCUGGAGCUCCCCUCGGGCCACACUUCGUCACUGGCUUCAUCUGUGGCUUCAACAGAGCAGGAUGAGCUUUCCCAGAGGCUGUCCAGACUGCGAGACCAGGUGUCAUAGCAGUGUAGGAAAUGACAAGGUCAUGAGGAGGGACGAGAUGAGGAGAAGCAAGAAGGGACGGAGUUAAAAACGGAAGAAUCAACAAAAAGUGCCAUUUGCCUGCAAGCUGUGUACCCUCCUGUGUGUUCCUGGUUUGUUGUUAGUGAGAAAUAAAGAAGCUGUCCAACAGCAGAGAAGGACUGAAAACAGGAUAUUAACCAACCUGAUACUAACUAAAACUAAAUGGAGACGCUCCAUAAAAAUGUAAUUUACACAUUCAUAUUUAAUAUGUAUUCUGAUUAUUUAUUGAAAAUCCUUUAAAUGUUAAACUCCGGAUAUGUUCCUGAACUACUUUUUGUGAGCAAAGUGUUGUGAAAAAAACCCCAAUAGUUUACUGUUUAUUUGCUUAUACCUCACUCUCAACUAGUUUUACACUAUGUAUACAAUGCAAAGAGCAAUAUAUUUAUGUAUUUAUCUAUUUAUUACAGACUGAAUGACUGACUAAGUAUUGCUAAGAGCAUGCUUGUAACUGUUGUGUCUUGACUGAGGCUGUGGAGACCUCUAGUGUCGUUUCCCUGUUCGUUUCUGUUCUCCAAUUUUUGGCUUUAGUGUUGAAACUUCUCUUUUUAUAUUUCCCCCCAAAAAAUAGGGCUCUGCAAAUGUUGGCUUUGAGUAUGCUUUCAAGACAGCAGGUAUGUUUAAGGAUUUUUUUUUGCAUGUAGCAGUUACCAGUCUUAUGGCUCACCACACACUUAUAUGCAAAGACGCAGUCAAUAAAGGCGUACAACAUGG